CCAAGCGAGACAGAGGGGGCCUCAAAAGCAGGGGAGUCCCACAUGGGACCCUAGCUUGUAUUAACAGCACUUUGGUAGGAACUGGCGAAGGCCUGUGAGCCCCCCAGCCCCAGGGACUGGUGCUUGUACCUGCCGGCACCAGCGGGGGACCGUCUGCCGCCCGCCAGCCUGGAGCACCAUCUACACAUCUCCCCAGGCAGCUGCGGCCACCGGGCUUCCGAGGCCAGCCUGAUGGCGGAGCCGCGCUUUAACAACCCCUACUUCUGGCCUCCCCCUCCCACCAUGCCCAGCCAGCUGGACAACCUGGUUCUGAUCAACAAGAUCAAGGAGCAGCUCAUGGCAGAGAAGAUCCGGCCGCCGCACUUGCCCCCGACGUCCGUGUCCUCCCAGCAGCCACUGCUGGUGCCCCCUUCGCCCGCAGAGGGCAGCCAGUCGAUCAUGUCCAUCCCCAAGCUGCAGCAGGUUCCUGGGCUGCACCCCCAGGCUGUCCCGCAGCCCGACGUGGCCCUGCACGCUCGCCCAGCCACCAGCACCGUCACAGGGCUGGGCCUGGCCUCCCGGGCCCCUGCAGUCAGCACCUCGGAAUCCAGCGCUGGGACGGGCACCAGUACCCCCUCCACACCCACCUCCACCAGCCAGAGCCGCCUCAUCGCCUCCUCGCCUACCCUCAUCUCAGGGAUCACCAGCCCCCCACUCUUGGACUCCAUCAAGACCAUCCAAGGGCACAGCCUGCUGGGGCCCCCCAAAACGGAGCGGGGGCGCAAGAAGAUAAAAGCGGAGAACCCCUCGGGGCCCCCUGUCCUGGUGGUGCCCUACCCCAUCCUGGCCUCGGGCGACAUUGGGAAAGAGGGCAAGACGUACAGGUGUAAAGUCUGCCCCCUCACCUUCUUCACCAAGUCGGAGAUGCAGAUCCACUCCAAGUCGCACACCGAGGCCAAGCCCCACAAGUGCCCGCACUGUUCCAAGUCUUUCGCCAACGCCUCCUACCUGGCACAGCACCUCCGCAUCCACCUGGGCGUCAAGCCCUAUCACUGCUCCUACUGCGAGAAAUCCUUCCGCCAACUCUCCCACCUCCAGCAACACACCAGAAUUCACACCGGCGACAGACCCUACAAGUGCCCACAUGCAGGCUGUGAAAAAGCAUUCACACAGCUCUCCAACCUCCAGUCUCACCAACGCCAGCACAACAAGGACAAGCCGUACAAGUGUCCAAACUGCUACCGGGCCUACUCGGACUCUGCCUCGCUCCAGAUCCACCUCUCCGCGCACGCAAUCAAGCACGCCAAGGCCUACUGUUGCAGCAUGUGCGGACGGGCCUACACUUCGGAGACCUAUUUGAUGAAACACAUGUCCAAACACACGGUGGUCGAACACCUAGUGAGUCAACAUUCUCCUCAAAGGACGGAGUCUCCGGGCAUCCCAGUGCGAAUCUCACUCAUCUGAACCUCGGGGAUCCCCUCCCCGAGCACGGCC